GACACCAUCAAGACAUACCGACGUGGAUCUCAUCGUUCGAGCUGGCAUUCGAGGAUGCAUGCGAGGAAGGCGGCCUGGUCAUGAACGACACGGGCCGCAGCCACUUCCUACUGAAGAAUAGUGGACUAUCCGAUAAGAGGCUCGACGAUUUGAAGUUACACGUGGCAGGUGAUUUAUCCCAAUAUCGAGUAUUGCAGGGCCUGAUGAUGAGGCUCGGCAAACAGGACCAGGUUGGUCAACACAACGAAUGGGCCUGGUAUGGUGAACAGGGAGACGGAGCCGAUCCAGACGACAUGAUGGAGACCUGGUAUGAGGCCUACAAUGACGAGCAAUACGAAUGGGGCUAUGACCAGGAUUUCGGCUGGACGGCUACGGCAGAUGGUGAAUGGUAUUUCCAGGAAUACGACGACAUCUGGGCCAAGUACGAUGACAGCGGCGAGAUGACGGAGUACUACGAGGCAGAGCAAGACGACAACGACACCUACUACGGUGGCAAAGGCGACUCGUAUCAGAUCGACGCGGACGAGUCCUCUGACUGGUACACGCAGGCUCCAGCUUUGACGCUGGCCCAGAAGUUAUCUAAGCAGUACGCUCUGGUGGUCAUGAAGAACCAGCGACACAGUUCAUUCUUGGAAGGUAAGAACGGCAACGAUGACCCCUACGCGAUACUGCAUACAGUGAAAGGCAAGCCUCGACAUGGAUUGAUCGUCGACCCAGGAGCAGCUGAAGGCCUACUUGGCACGGAGACGUUGUUGGAGUGGAACAUGGACCUGUAUCAGCCUGAAGGCAUCUCCUACAACAUCCGGCCUUCUCAGGCGACCUUCACGGGCAUCAACGGUCAAGCAGACCCCUCAUGUGGCGAGUUUCUCGGACCGAUGUGGGUCGAAGGCAUGGCGAAGGGCACCACCUACCAGGUCACGAUCAUCAAACCUUCCUUCGACCUGGGCAAGUUAGCUCAGAAGUUGACCCAGGCUGCCUCGGACGAAGAACGCAUCAAGCUGCUCAUGGGCCUUCACUACAAGUUCUUUCACCCUCCAGACUUUGAGAUCGAGAGGAUGAUUCGAGCUCUUGGACUACCUGCACCUAUUCGAGAGCUAUGCAAAGGUCUGGCCGAGCACUGCGAAACCUGCUUGCAGCGACAGCGAGCUAUGAACAAGCCGAGUAUCAAGAUGACCAUCGCAGUUCGUUUCAAUGAGCGCGUCCAAGCAGAUCUGUUCUUCGUAUUCGAGAAGACUUGGUUGAUGAUGAUCGACGAAUGCAUCAGGUACCGCAUCGCAUGCCAUUUAGCUACCAAGCAGGGCAAGGACGUUCUACGGGCAAUGCUUGGUCACUGGAUUCGGUAUUUCGGACCGAUGGACAACUUGGUAAUGGAUCAAGAAGGCGGUAUGACGAAUGACAACGUGGCGCUGGUGGCAGACAGAUACAAUCUACGGCUGAUAUUCGGUGGAGCUGACGGACACACCACCACAGGCCUGGCAGAGCGAGCGAUUCAGACCUUGAAGCUGACUGCUCUCAAGACGAAGCGCGACGUGAUCAAGCAAGGCCUGACCGACAUCAGCGACGAGGACAUAGUGGAGGAAUCAGCGAUGGUGGCAAAUCUCUUUAUGAAUUACGGCGGCUCGGUUCCAGCUCAAGGGUUGUUCGGAUACAUGCCUAAGGACGCCUACGAUCCGGAAGCAGGAACUCUGACGGCUACGCAGAGUGCGAUGGAUCUCACGCCGGACCCGACCGAGCAGCACUUGCGCCUCAGGCUCUUGGCAAAGUCUAACAUCCUGCAGGCCAUCAUCGAGGAAAGGAUCGCCAAGGCCAACAAUACACGUCAGCAAGCUCAGGACGCCAAGUGGAUCGAGACGCUCAAACCACAUGAUCAAAUAGAUAUUUGGCGUACACCAGCCAGGAAAGAUCAAGAUGGCUGGCGAGGUCCAGCGGAGUUCAUCAGCCUUGACAAGGACAAGGCGGCGGCCAUCGUGAUUCAUCAGAAUCAGCCAUACAAGAUACCGACAAGGCACAUGCGAGCACGACGAAUGAGCUUCUACGUCCUGGGCACAUCCUGGGACAAAUAUCAAGUGUACCUCGGCAGCGGCAGCACGAUGAAGCUCACGGAGUUAUUCGAGAUCAUUGAAGGCACACCACCAGGUAUCGUGUAUCGCAUGGGUAUCUUCAACGAGCAACCGACACCACCGGAACUACUGCAGACACCUCCUCCGACAUGGUUGCUGGCACAGAGUGUGGGUAUGACCAUCUUUCGGAUGACGAGCGUGGACGGCAUCAUCUACGGUCAAGGACAACGACAGCUAAAGGGUCUGAGUGAAUUCACACAUGGAGUGAUCGUGGCCUGGCGAGAUCAACACCGAGAAGACUACUACAGCAGCGACAUCGAUCCGAGUCAACCGAUCAACAUGGUGAAGUUCGUAGGCGCCGACUGGGACAAGUACCAUUUUCUAUUAUUGGUAUCAAAGCAUCGGUAUGGUGACGACAUCCCGGGCACCUACCAGCAUCCUGAUCUAAGACUCGGCAUGACCCGAGAGCACGACAGGAGACCGAUUUGGACGACAGUAUCAUCGACCUUGGACAUCAGCGGAAACAAGCGCGACCAACUACUGAACCACCUCAAGAUGGACCAGCACCUGGAGAUGAUCCUCAUCAUGAUCGAGGAUUUCAACCAGUUCAAGAUGGACAAGCAGUCUCGGCUCAAACAGUUGAUGGAGGUUCCCGAGAUUGAGGUGACGAGCGAUCACGAGGACGAACCAAUACCGUUGCAGGACGCAGACGCACUGUACACGUGGUAUGCAGGCCACACAUCAGAUAGAUCAGUCAUCACACAUACGGAGGAGUUGGUGAAGCUAUAUGAGAUCAGUCACUUUCCUGAUAAGCUCUAUCCAAGCCCUCCGGACAUCACUACACAUCAUCAUGCUGCAACGUCUCCAUGGACUAGCACAGAUUCCUGCUGUAUCUUCAAGGGCUUGGAGAGUCAAGGUCCCUCGCGAUGUUUCUACCUGGACUUGAUGGAUCACGAGAUGGUGGAGAUAUAUGCGUCCCAAGCCGAGCAGUUGAUACAGGAAUCCGAGUUCGAGAGUCUCUGGCCCCAGAUAGAAGAAUCCGACCACAAUGAGAUCAAGAACUACGUCAAGCACGACUGCUUCAGGCCCAAGUUGAAGACCGAGUGCAACAACGCCAACUUCAUCGACGCUACUUGGGUCCGACGAUGGAUGUGGAAGGAGAAAUGGGGCUUGAGGUUCAGUGAACUAUCCGAACGAUCUCGUGAGCUUGGACUAGAUGUACGAGAGAAGCGCGAGGUCUACAUAGCUCCCCCAGCGAACGUAUGGCGCCACCUCAGGCAGCUGUCGGAGAUGUUCGCCAAGAUUCCAGAUGAUCAACAACAUCUAUAUGUACUUGAAUGUGUGAAACCAGUCCCUGGACUCAUUGAUGCUCCACUGCUAUGGCAGGCAGCGCUGACGCUACACAUCAAGGACAAGAUGGCGGGCAAGCGAGCACUACUGGACGAGAACUGCUUUGUGUGGCACGACGACAAGACGGAGGAGCUCACGCUAGCGACUACAGUACAUGUGGAUGAUCUCUUCCCAACAGGCAGGCAGUCAUGGCUGAAUUGGGCACAUGAUUUACUGGAGAAGAAGUUCGGCAAGAUCACGAGGAAGACCAUGCCCUUCACUCAUCUUGGCAUCGAAUAUCAUCGACUACCAGAUGGCACUAUCUUUCUGAGUCAGGACGCCUACCUGGACACGAUAGAAGCACCACAGUUGGACAAGGAACGAAUGAGCAUCAUCAAUAUAGAUCGCUAUGCUGUCAACUACUUCAUCUUCUUCAAACACAUGCAGACGAAGCAGACGGCCCCAACAAUUGGAGACUUCAAGCAGUUGAAGAGUGUACUAGAGAGAGCUAAGAAGAAUCGAGAACGAGCAGGUCUGUACUAUCGCAAGAUGAAUGGACCAUUCCGCUUGGUAAGUAUCAAUGAUGCAGCUCAUGCCACCAAGACGACGUCGUAUGCACAUGAAGCUCAGGGGCUCUUCUUGAUGGAAGAUCGUGAACCAGGGCAGUUUCCGCAGAUGCAGGAUUAUUUAUUAUCAGGAGAGAUACGACAUCGAGGACUACUCAAAAUGAAGAACGGCAUCGAGAACGUGAUUACUGUCAAGGAGAUCGCCUCCAGGAGCGAGUUCACGGAGAGCGACCUG